UUUGUUCACACUCUGUCACAGUAGAAGAAGCUGCACUCUCCUCUAACCAGCAACGUUAGGUUUUUGGAGAAGUAAAGAAAGCGGGAGAAAUCCGCCAUGAGUCGGAGCUUGGGCAUACCGGUGAAGCUUCUACAUGAAGCGACAGGGCAUAUAGUGACGGUAGAGAUGAAGAGUGGAGAGCUAUACAGAGGAAGUAUGGUGGAGUGCGAGGAUAACUGGAAUUGCCAACUGGAGAGCAUUACGUACACAGCUAAAGAUGGGAGAGUGUCACAACUAGAGCAUGUUUUCAUUCGAGGCAGCAAAGUCAGGUUCAUGAUAAUUCCUGAUAUGCUUAAGAAUGCUCCCAUGUUCAAGCGGCUAGAAGCAAGAAUCAAGGGAAAAGGUACAUCACUUGGUGUUGGUCGGGGACGUGCUAUUGCUAUGCGAGCUAAAGCUCAGGCUGCUGGUCGUGGAGCACCACCUGGUCGGGGUACUGUGCCACCUGUAAGAAGAUGAUUCCUCGAUGCGGGAUUUUAUUCUAUCUGGUUUAGCAACCGUAAAAAUUCAGUGUAAGAAUGUUGGAGUAGAUUUCCUAAGGUUGGUCCUUGGUCUAAUAGUCUGAGUCACAUUCGUCUACUUUGUAAUUUAACCUUUUUCACAUACGACUUAAGAAGGCUGGAAUAUGAGUGCUUUUCAAAUUGCCU